UCGGGUUGUGGACGCCAAAUUUCAAUGGCCCAUUCGAAUGGUCGCACGGUAUGGAUUUGAACUUUACUGCGUGGGAGCCAUCGCAACCAGGUCACCCUCGUGAGAACUGCGCCCAUCUCACGAGAAGGAGGCUAAAUAGCACAGAAAAAGGCAUGUGGUUUACUCUCUGGUUGAGCGACAGGGUUUGCUCUGCUUAUAUGCCCAUCGUAUGCAAGCUGACAGUUUGCCCAGAAGGAUGGCGGUUUUUCCAGGGCAAUUGCUAUCGCUUUUAUGAAAAGAGAGUCAACUUUACUCAAGCCUUGACGAACUGUCGGGACAUUGACAAGUUAAGUUCGGGUCAGUCUGAUCUGGUUUCUGUCCACAGCGAUGAGGAGAUGAACUUCAUUAUCAACCUCUGCGAUGCAUGGAAACCACGAUGGAUUGGCCUUACCCGAUUAGAUUUCCAACCUGACUCCAAUCCCACAUCACAAUCUGACCAAGGUGGUUCAGUACUUGGAGGCAGUUUCAAAUGGACUGAUGGACAACCAGUAGACUACACGGCUUGGUUACCAAUGCAACCCGAUAACUCAAGAGGUCACGAGAACUGCGUGCAGAUCCGGAUUCAAGAACGAAACUAUUCGUGGAAUGACGUCCGUUGCGACAAAUUGUAUUCCUACACUUGCAAGUUUAAUCUGACAUUCUAACUA